AUGGGCCGCACGAGGACAGCCACACCUCACAGGCACCAAGACAAGGAUUCGGCACAGAUAUCUUUGGUCAACGUCGCUCAUUCAACCUUUCAUGGUAGGCUGAAUUUGCUCACUGGCUCGUCAAUCACCAAGUCCCUUGUGUUUGUUGACUGCAAAGAAUAUUCCAACGGGCAGAUCGAGGAAGACUAUCUCACAUUCUCGCGACCUGAACCAUGUGAAGUGAUGGUGUGGGACUUCGGAGCUGGCGACGUUGUUGCCGGCAUAAGGCUUGCACUUGCUGUCUAUCAAGUCAGCUGUGUGUAUGAGAAUCGAGCUGAUGUACGAUAUCGAAAUUUUGUUAACGAGAUUCAUGGCUUUCGGGAGCUUCUAAUCAAGCUCCAGACAUCACUCAAAGAUGCUGGAACUCGCUAUGAGCGUGGUGGCUUGUUAUCACGGGCCGCAUAUGACCCAUCGUCCAGAGACUUCCGCGAAGAGGGCCGCCAGAUAAUAGGCCCUUUCAAUGAGACCUUACUAGAAUGCCAAUUAUUGUUGGAAAACAACAAAAAGCUUCAAUCAAAACAAAGCUCCCUGUACGACAACAUCACAUGGCACCUAAGCGAGCAAGAUCAAAAGAUCGACGACCUGCGACGGCGCCUCCACAUGCAUUCCACCAAGAUCAAGCUCGUCAUCGACAGGCUAAGCAUCAACCUAUUGACCGACAUAGAUGCCAAGGUCGACGACCUGCUUGACAUAUCCGAGAGGAACUUCAAUCUCAACAGAGAUAUCCAAAUCGAGAUUCGGCGCUUCUACACAUCCUGGUUGGGGGUCUUGGCUGGCCAUGAGCCAUUGAGUGCCCUGAGCGACAAAGAUUGUCAUCUUGCGAGUGAUCAGAUCCAGGCUAGAUUCGAACAAAUGUUGCCCAUCUACGCCCCUGCAUCCAUCGACAUUGACAUCCCGCUCAAAGAAGGCUUCGAUGCCUUGUUAAUACAUUUUGAGCAAAGCUUUGAAGGCACCGACCAGACUCCGGAAAAGUAUCUGCUCCUCCUCAAGACACGAUGGCUUCUGAACCGCCUCAAGAUGAGUACGGGCUACCAAAAGGCAUGCCCUGGCUUCUUUUACAAGCGUGCCAUUGGCCAAGUCGAACAAGCAAUUCUGUUGCGUGUCAGAGGUUCCGACAUCAUUGCAUAUGACGAUGAAACUCUCAAUGGCCUAGCAGAUGCGAUGUACUUAAUCUGGGAGCCUCCUCAACAGGAAGAAUCACUGCAGCUGGACCCAACGACGGCCAGAGCGAACGAACAGGAGGUCAUACGUCUUCAGCUUGCCUCGAGUAGUAUUCAAAGUCCAGAUUCUGUCACAGUCUUCCGCCAAUCGAUCGACCGCUUUCGCAUCGUUCUCGAAACUACUACUCCCGAUGGGCGUGCCAUGAUUCUACCGCAGACUCUAUAUACCCAGGAAGACAAACUCAUCCCCCGUUAUGCCUUGCCCACGAUGAUGCAGCCUUGUAUGGAGAUUGCCAUCUUCUCCAGAAAAGAAGAAACACUGUAUCGGUUCAAAAGUCCAACGGACAUAUUCGCCUUUCAGACAGCUCUGACCGGCUAUGAGGUGUCACACGACCAAAGCAAUAUCAAGUGCCAGUUCUCGAAAGACUCAGCUGGUCAACUCGAUUGCAAAGGUCGAGUCCAACUGUGGCAGGAACCAAUUCCCCCACCAAAUGUCCUUGACUCGUCAACAAAUGGCUCGCCGAUCGAAUCAUUCAGCACCCAAAGUGCGAGAUCCCGCCAGAGUAGCAUUGUUGAAUCGAUUGGCCCCACGACUACACUAAGCAAAGUUGGCGACGGGUUUGAGGCAGACAACCUCAAACUGCCAGCCUUGACAAUUUUCACAGAAUUGAAGGACAGAGCAGGCCAGAAAAGGUUUUCUAUCAUGUUCAUCGAGCUGGACAUUGGAUUCUCCAUCGAUCCCAAAAAGUGUUCAUGCCAUCGUGCCUACAACGAGUGUCCUUACAUCUGUCUUGUGCGGAGGAGAGACGAAGAAUUUCCGGUCCAUGUCUCAUUCACAGAACUCGACCCCAGUGGCAGUCCAAAUCCCAAUAGCUUCGAUGUUCUACCAUUCCGACUCCCUCGCGAUUCCAAAUUCAAAGAACUCAUGGUGAAAAAGACCAAAUAUGUUGUACUCAAAUUUCCCACUUUGGCCGAGAAGCAUACUUUCCGUACCGAGUUACUGCAGCGUUUCUGGAUAUUGGGCAAGCAGAAGUCGGAUCGUGAGGCCAUGUGGAAGACAUUACGCCACCGACAAAAUACGCCAAUGGUGAACUAUGCUGCAAACGGAGUUCCAAUCGCAGGAUCUCAGUCUGCCUCUUCAGCGAGUUACAGCCGUAUUUCAAGCUCACCACCACAAAUCAUGAUGCCAGAAAUGAAUACCAGAUUCUCGGUUUCCUUGGGAUUCGAAAGUGAACCAGGAAAACCGGUAGUUCCGAUAUCCAGUGGGAAUCUUGAAUCUGCUGGGUUCACGGACGAGAAAGAGGUGUUGAUCACGCCGGCCCCACAGAUGUCAAGUCGCAAACCGAGUCGUUUCCAGGAUAAGGAACUUGAAGGUCAUUUCGAGUCGUCCAACACCCGAGGCGGGAACGCCAGAAACAGCUCGGUCGCCAUGCCUAUUCGGCAGGCCAGGUCUAGGACCCUUUCGACUCAGUCGAGUAUCAGAGAAGAGCCCAAACAACCGAGCAGCACGAAACGCUUUUUGAAAAAUAUCCUCAAAUAGUGAGGCUUGUCCCAUCCAUGUACUUGCUCCACAUUGAAGAGCUAUAGAAACAUUUCUUUUGGUCAGGAGCCUAAAUAGGCUGUGUAUGAUUAUUUAUGAUGGGAUAUCCGAUAUGAUUGGAAAUGGCGAUUAUGAGCGCACGUACUACAGAAGGCAUUACCCGGUUGAGGGAAGUCAAUAUGCCAGUGUGAACCUUUAUUC